UUAUUACCAAAGAGAUCAACAUGUAUACCCAUACAAGCAUACAAACCAUGCUAUCUUGUGGAUCUUGUGUAAAAGUAUAAUGUGAUACGGCAAAGCUAACAGCUACUGCCACUCUCGACAGCUGUCAAGAUUUGCGCAGGGCGCAAGAUGCACACCAUUUUAACAUUAGAAAUUUUAUAUCUCCUUAUCGCUAAUCAAAGUAAAUUAUUCCCUCCUGUUGCUAUGAACCGAACUUAGUGCUUCACAGUGAAGUGUAUUAUAGGCAGCUAGAUUAGUAGCACGUUUAGUGCUGUAGAAAAUGUACCCCAGAAUACUAAUUAUCGGUGCAGGCGCUGCCGGCGUGGCAGCGGCCACGAAGUUGAUUGAGAAAGGAUAUAAAAAUUUAACCAUACUGGAAGCAGAAAACCGGAUUGGUGGCCGAAUUCACACUAUUCCAUACGCCGCGAACGUAGUUGAUUUAGGAGCCCAAUGGUGCCACGGAGAAGUAAACAAUGUUGUUUAUAAUUUAGGCUCAAAGUUUAAUGUAUUUGAUGCAAACUCAGCCAGGUAUGAAAACUUUGUUUUAACUAAAUCGGAUGGUACGCAAAUCCCACUAGAGCAAAGUGACAAGCUUAUGGGUUUGAUGUGGUCAAUAUUGGAAACUCAUAAGAAUGAACUCAGUCAGUAUCGUGGAUCGCUGGGCUCGUUUGUGAUGGAAAAGUUUCGGGCUUCGCUAGAAACCCCAGAAUAUGCUGACAUAAACCAUGAUACUGCCUUUCAGUUUUUAGAAUUUUUUCAUAAAUUUGAAAACUCAAUCGAAGCAUCCGACAGCUGGUUUGAUACUUCUGGACCGGGAUACCUGGAUUACUGGGAGUGUGAAGGAGAAAACCUUCUAAACUGGAGAGAUAAAGGUUACACGACAAUUUUAGAAAUUUUAAUGAAACGUUAUCCAUUUUCGGCAUCCAAUAGUCCAAUAAAUCUAGAAGAAUAUACACAUUUUAACAAGGUAGUUUCCAACAUAUGUUGGAAUGCUGGUCCCGAUGGUACCGUUUCAGUCAGAUGUGCUGACAAUACCAUAUAUGAUGCAGAUCAUGUCAUUUGUACGCUAUCGUUAGGCGUACUAAAAGAACGAUAUGAAACGCUUUUUACUCCAACGCUACCUGCCAUCAAGAAGAAUGCCAUUCACGGGCUUACUAUAGGGACAGUAGAUAAAUUAUUUCUAGAGUUCGAAACCCCGUUCUGGCCAGAUGGAUGGAAAGGUUUGAGUUUACUCUGGAAUAAAAAUGACCUUGAAGAUAUUCGAGCAUCGAAAAACAGUUGGAUGGAGGACGUAUUCGGUUUCUACGUCGUAGACUACCAACCAAACGUUUUGUGUGGUUGGAUUUCAGGUAAAAACGCCCGUCGCAUGGAAAGAGCAAACGAAGACGAUGUUCGCAAAACGUGUAUGUUCUUACUUAGAAAGUUCUUGAAAAGUAUGACCAUCCCAGAACCAGUGUCAUUCAAACGCAGUAAAUGGUAUUCGAACUCUAACUUUCGAGGAUCAUACACGUUCCGUUCGAUGACUACAGAUUUACUGAACGUUUCCGCCGAACAUUUGGCACUACCUCUUUCAAACGCUUGUGGUGUUCCAGUGGUCCAGUUUGCAGGUGAAGCUACACACGAUCAUUAUUAUUCUACCGUUCAUGGUGCUAUAGAGACCGGAUGGCGCGAGGCUAAUCGUUUGAUUCACAUCUACCAAAGGAGAUGCCAGAUGUUUUUGAAAAAUAUCUGUUACUGCUCGAAAAGCCGAAAAGAUCUGCUUAAAAUCUAAGACAAGACGCGACAGCUGGUCACCGUUACAUGCAACCAAUUUGACACGGCUGCUGAUUGGCUGAAUCCGAUAACGCAAUCGUCACGUAGAAAAUACAACGAGGUUACUUUUCACAGUGGAGGGCACCGCUAACCGAAAAUUUAGCGACGCUAAUCGCUAAGUCGCUAACCGGAAAAUUUAGCUCGAUAAUCGCUAAACGCUAAACCCACAUUAGCGGAACUUUCGCUAAUCGCUAAUCGCUAACUUUUUAAUAUGUAAAUAGUCAUAUCGCUAUAUUUAUUCCUCGUGUUGUGUGAGAUUUGGACCACUUUGAUCUGUUUUGGUUAAACAAACGAAAACAAUUAAUUUUUAAAGCUAUUUACAGCAAGAGCACAGACUAACAGACAUAACACGUCGAACAAAUUUUCAAUAAAAUCAUCGUUUGGAUGACUCCAGUACUUUACGUUAGUAACACUAGCACCAUCUGCUGUCGUGUUCGCGCUGCGUAAUGUAUUUCGACAUCAGCGCCAGCGUUACUGCAUGUGUCAAAUGGGGAACUACAAAAUAUGUAUGAGAUUGCAUGACAGCGCCCCAGACGGUGAUGUCGCGCGAAUUGUUAUUCGAUUGGAAAUUUGAAAUGAUCGUUUUUUGUGGCGAUGGAGCUAGGUUCCAGUGUUACGUCUGUUAGUCUAUGGUAAGAGGUUCACGAAACGGUUUCAUAUUUGAUUUUGUAAAAACAAGAAUAACAAAAGUUAUUUAGUUUGCAUUGAAAAUAGAUACUCUUAGGAACGUUUUCUUAAAAAUUCAAUUAUUAUCUGAAUCGAAAAAGUAGAACCAAAGUUGUCAUAAUUUCAAGCGCAUUGCAAUUUACCAAAGUUCUUGGUGUGCCAAAAAUUCAAUCUAGACCUUGUGCUUGUUCUUCAAAAUGCUCCUGUGGCUUGUACGAUAACUGGAACUCCAUUCUAGGGUAAAAAAACUGACAAAAGUAACUUUCGCAGUAAAGUUUGUUCAUCUUUCGAAGCAAUUUACGUACGCCAUCAGCAAUUCACAGUUUUUCUAAAUAUUUCUAUUGUCGCUUCUCCACAAAAUUUAGCGAAUUAGCGAUUAGCGUUUCGAAGGCCAAAAUUUUAGCGACGCUAACAGUUUCGCUAACCAGCUCAAAAAUUAGCGAAAUCGCUAAAUCGCUAACUGAAUUUUAGUGUCGCUAAUUAGCGAAUUAGCGAAUUAGCGGAAUGGUGCCCACCACUGCUUUUCACUGUAAAGCAGUGAUGCUGGAGAGUCAUAAUUUAGCUAUUAUAUUGUUCAUAAAUAAUGAUGCAAAAGUAUGCAAGGUACAUGAUAUUACCGAGUAAUGUAUUUCAGUGUUAUAACUUUAAAAAUGCAUUGAUUAAUCGUUUUUUACUUUUUCGGUUGAAGUCCAAGAAACUUAGGAAGUAAAAAUUUGGGUACCAAGAAACUUAGGAAGAAAAAAUUUGAUAGUAGAAGCACAGACAAACAGACGUGCCACUCGAUGACGAUUUCAUCGACCAGAAAAAUAACGAUUAUUUUGAAAUUUUGCUUAGUGGGCAAUAGUGCCGCUAGUGUCGCUAUAAGCAAGCGUGUACAUUCAUUAUCAAAAACAAAAACCGUCAGUAAUGCCGUUGGGGUUGACUUAAGCAAGUGUGCACACCCAUUAGCAAAGACAAAAACCGUAUUACGAGAAUAAUUUAGUAGGCAAUAAGCUUGCCACCAUGUGAGCUUAUUGCCUACUAAAUUAUUGAGUGUAACGUAACGAAUAAGGAUGAAGAUUUUUCAGGAUUUUUCUUCGAAGAGACAC